UGCUACUCCGCGAGCCCGCGGCCGGCGCAGGACUCUCGGACUUCAUUUCCCGUCGGCCCGCGGAGGGAGCGCCGGAAGCCCGCCCCGCCCCUCAUUGUGCGGCUCAUACUAAACGGAAGGGGCCGGGAGAGGCCGCGUUCAGUCGGGUCCCGGCAGCAGCUGCAGCGGCUCUCCUCUCCUCUCGUUCUCCUUGCCAUCACUCUUUUGCUUCCGGAAACAUGGCCUCUGGUGUGGCUGUCUCCGAUGGCGUCAUCAAGGUGUUCAAUGACAUGAAGGUGCGCAAGUCUUCGACACCAGAGGAGGUGAAGAAGCGCAAGAAGGCAGUGCUCUUCUGCCUGAGUGAGGACAAGAAGAACAUCAUCCUGGAGGAGGGCAAGGAGAUCCUCGUAGGUGACGUGGGCCAGACUGUCGACGAUCCCUACGCCACCUUUGUCAAAAUGCUUCCAGACAAGGACUGCCGCUAUGCCCUCUAUGACGCAACCUAUGAGACCAAGGAGAGUAAGAAGGAAGACCUGGUGUUUAUCUUUUGGGCCCCUGAGUGUGCACCCCUUAAGAGCAAAAUGAUCUAUGCCAGCUCUAAGGAUGCCAUCAAGAAGAAGCUGACAGGGAUCAAGCAUGAAUUACAAGCAAACUGCUACGAGGAGGUCAAGGACCGCUGCACCCUGGCAGAGAAGCUGGGGGGCAGUGCCGUCAUCUCCCUGGAGGGCAAGCCUUUGUGAGCCCCCUCUGGCCCCCUGCCUGGAGCAUCUGGCAACCCCAGACCUGCCCCUGGGGGUUGCAGGCUGCCCCCUUCCUGCCAGACCGGAGGGGCUGGGGGGAUCCCAGCAGGGGGAGGGCAAUCCCUUUACCCCAAUUGCCAAACAGUCCCCCCACCCCCUGGAUUUUCCUCCUCUCUCCAUCCCUGACGGUUCUGGCCUUCCCAAACCGCUUUUGAUCUUCUGAUUCCUCUUGGGUUGAAGCAGACCAAGUUACCCCCAGGCACCCCAGUUGGGGGGGGGGCCUGUAUUUUUUUUAACAACACCCCUACUCCUCACCUGUUCCAUCCCUUCCCAUGCUGCCAACUUCUAACCGCAAUAGUGACUCUGUGCUUGUCUGUUUAGUUCUGUGUAUAAAUGGAGUGUUGUGGAGAUGACCCUUCCUUUUUCCUCUGGUCAAAGCUACUCAUGGAAGCAGGACCAGUAAGGGACCUUCGAUUAAAAAAAAAAAAAGACACAAAAAUAAACAGGUUCACUAAUGGGA